AUGGAUAAGUUGAGUUUAAAGUUAGAUAAAUUUUACACAGAUUACUAUGAUAAAGAGAACAAGACAAGAAAUUAGUCAUCUUAAAAUCAUUAAGAUCUAAAUACUUCUUUAGAUGAACAUUUUAAAGAUUCUGAAAUUAUUUAAGACAAAAAUUAAAGCUUCGAUUGUGAGGACUGA